AUUGUUAAUCAAGUUUCUUUUUCUCUUUGUAUUUUAAAAGUUAAUUGUUCUAAAUUGACACUCUUGUUGAAAUUAAUUUAAUAUACAAAUUUAACCUUAAAACGUUGAUGUUAAUUUAAUUAUUUCUUUUUCUCUUUAUUAAUCUUUCAAGUCCCUAAUCAAUUUAAUGAGUUAAUUUUCUUUACCUUUUCAGUUGAUUGUCUUUAAUACCUUUUUCUUGUUGCUUCUCAGACUCUUGCAUCUCAUUACCUUUCUAAUUAAUUGAAAUUAACUAAUUAUAUUAGGUCAUUUUCUUUAAUUGAGUUGUGAUAAUUACUAGAAAUUUAAUUAUAAUGAAAGUAUUUACCCUCUUGUCCUCUGUUUGUGGUUAUUAUGCAAGGUCAACAUUUAUUAUCACCAUUAGUUUAAUCAUCAUUAACCUUUUAAUCAAUGGCGAUGAUAUUUUCGUUAACGGCUUAUCCUCAUCACCAUUAACCUCACCCGGAGCUGGUUCAAGUCAUCAAGAAUUGUUGUCAUCAUCAUUACCAUCACCAUCACCAGUUUUGGAUGAGACAAUUGAUUCAACCAUAUUAGAAUCGUCAAUUAACCGUCGCCACAUUAGAGAUGAAACAAGAAUUGACUCUAAUUUAAAUCAAGCUUUAUACAAUCGCCAACAGAUUAACCAAAGCAAGACUGAAAAUAUUGGUAAAAUUAAAUUCUUAAUGGAAGUUGGUAAAUUAAAACAAAUUGAACGAACUGGUUGGAUUCUAAAUAAGAUACACUCACCUGAACGAAUCGCUGGUCAUAUGUAUCGAAUGGCCAUCAUACCCUUACUCGUAUUGUCCACCAGCAAUACAACCAAAGUUGAUCUUAAUAAAGUAAUUAAAUUAUCUCUGGUCCAUGAUAUUGCCGAAUGCAUCGUUGGUGAUUUUACUCCGUACGACGACAUAUCACCCGAAGAGAAACAUCGACUGGAAGAGAAUGCCGUCCAAUACCUGAGUUCUUUAUUACCAUCAACGGUAACCGAUAAUUUCCUCUCAUUAUAUUCAGAAUAUGAAGAGCAAUUAACAGCCGAAGCACAAUUAACGAAAGAACUUGAUCGAUUUGAUUUAGUUCUUCAAGCCUUCGAAUAUGAGAAAAUAGAAUAUAAAAGAACCGGAAUUCUACCAGGACUGGGCGAAUUUUUCGAUUUCGAAAGGAUAUUAUCUUAUAUUCGGAAUCAAGAAUUGAAAGAAAUGAUCGGACAAAUACUUCACAUGAGAUCUGAAUUCUUGGCAAAUGCUUGCGUUCAAACAUGUAAUCAAGACGGAAGUCCACCAAAGGCGAACCCUUCCGGUUCUACCUCAACCUCAUCCUCACCUCUCUCUUCAUCUUCAUCUUCCUCCAAAAAGGAGCCCAAGAAGCCAAUCAAUAGCAAAGAAAAACGGAAAACUACAAAAAAGAGUGAAAAUAGUGAUCUUUAAUUACUCCAACUAAUUAACUUUAAUUCUUGUAUAAUCAUAAUACCUUUUUAUCGUCCUAACGAUAUAAAAUUAUCCCACCACCACCGCGAUUUCACCCACCCUGAUCCCUUAUUUUAUCAUCAAUCUUUAUAAACGAUUAAAUGAUUUAUUGUAUUUUAA